UACGUGGGGUCGUUUCUAGCGUGAAAAGCGGCGGAAAUGGCCCAUUUUAUCCAGCUAAUAGGCGGAGGCGGGCGAGGCUAGACUGCGCUAAGGCAGGUGAUGCGUACAGCAAUUACAUGGUAACAAGGAUCGUAUGAGGACCGAGGAGGUUAGAAGCCCCCGUGCCUUCUUUGGUCCAUGGAUGCAAGAAGGCAGCGGGUGAAGUUGCUGUACUUGCAUCCGUGGGUGAGACAAUUAUCCCAACAAGGAAAUGGACUUGCAGUUGGGGCUGGAAUGUGGCUUUUCGGGAGAUUAGGAAAGCUUCUCUUGGUCACGUUCCUCUUUCCUUUCAUCACAUAUCUUUCGCUCAACGCCGCAAGAGAGUCGAAUGAGAUCGGGAUAACCUUCCUUCUGUCUCACCCGCACCCACAAAUACCCCGUUCACAUCGACGAUCCGUCCACUCCUCUCCUUUUCCCAAGUCAUCACUCUCUUGACCACCACACCACUCACUCCCCCUCCUUCGUCCCCGCUUCCCACAUCCACUUGCUCCCCACUAGCCGUCGUUCCCCCGCGUACCCUCAACCACAAUGUCUCUCGCAGCUCUCCCCGACCUUCCCGCCUAUGUCCCAUCCCCUACCCAGGUGGAUCUCACUGACUCGCUCGGCGCGGUCCUCAUCGGCACCAUGAUCGCGCAAACGCUCACGGGCGUGUCGGUCUAUCAAACCUGGUUUUAUUACAAGAACUUCAGCAAGGACAGCUGGCAGAUGCAGACCCUCGUCUACGGCGCAGCCUUUCUCAACUUCCUGCACUCGGCCCUCUUACCCAAGUGUGUCUACUUCUGGUUCGUCACCCACUGGGGAAACCUCGUCGGCCUCGACUUUGUGGACUGGUCCUACAACAUCAAUCUCCUCCUCAACGGUAUCCUCGCUACUGUAGUACAACUUUUCUUCGCAUGGCGCGUCUACACUCUCGGCAGUCGUACCAUCAAAUGGGUCGGCAUGCUCGUUGCUGGUGUCAUCAUCCUUAUUUCCGUCUUCCAACUCGCAUGGGCCAUCGCGAGCACCAUCAUGGCUUUCAGGCUCGUCAGGCAGAGCUCUUUCGGCUCCUUCACCUAUGGUGUCUGGUGCUGGCAAGCUGGUGCUGCCGCGGCAGAUGUCGUCAUUACUAUCGCUCUGGUGUACCUGCUCCGUACAAACAAGACCGCGUUUAAGCGCACCCAGUCCGUUAUCGACAAGCUCGUUGUCAUCACCAUCGAGACUAACAUGUUAACGGCUAUUCUGGCCUUCAUCGUCGCAGUGCAGUUCGGUACCAUCCGCAAUGGCUGGCCCAAUGGCGUCAACUUCGUCUGCGUCCGUUUGUACCACAUCUCCCUCAUGGUGAACGUCAACAGCAGGCACGAUCUCAUGGAGCAGCUCGCCGGCAGCCGCAGCUUCCAAAUGACACCUAGCCCUGCGGUGAAGAAGUACGGCUUGUCCAAGCCUGGUAAUGGCAGCACCGGUGCUAUCGAAGAUAGCGGCUUUGCGAUGUCCGCUGGAAGGAGGAGGAACGACCCGAUCCAGGUCACUGUAACUACACAGCAUGACCGUGAUGGCACGGUGGGUGCCUCACCUUACGACAUCGAGCGCUCAGACGUGGACGAGUCUGUUAAGGCACAAGCCCUUGACUCGGAGGAUGAGUUUGAGAAGUACUCCAACCGCGUCUAGACGAGUAGAGAACGACCAUGUGUCUGUCGCUCCUUUCAUCCAACCUCGUCUCUCGUUUCUCUGUUCUGGUCUCGAUCUUGGCUCUCGUUUCUUGGUCUUCGUCCGUCCUUGUCUCUUGCGAUGCCCUCAAACUGUCCUCCCAGCAGCACAGGCACAAUUCCCAGUCUCACUUCUUCGCCGUAGACCCCGUCGCACCACACACUGCAUUAUCAAAGCAAACCAGACACUGGACUUGUCUAUGCAUACUCUCACUGCCGCACAUUCUCUUACACCCCCCCUCCAGCGACCCCAUCGUCGAUAUGUUCCUCCAACAUCCACAUCCACAACCAUGUGCCCACAUCUACAAUUCGCUCGAGACCCACGGUCUCGCGUAUGCACAUCAUCUCUUACCGUUCAACACAACGAAGAUAUCGGUGACGGGGCCGCACAAGCUGGCGUAAAAAGCGAGAAACUGUGGAAGGAAAAACAUGUGCAUUGCGCUGCUCUUCUUCAUGUAUCAUUUUUGGCGAGAUUCUAGUCUUGCAUACUUUUUGACUGUCUAUGCGAUAAACUGAAUGGGGAUGUAGUCAUGCGAAAAUAAGAACUGUUGUCUGUU